UCAGUACGCCGGCCGGAAUUAGCCAAGUUAGCCGAAACAAGUGUCAGAAAUCGCCCUGUCUUUAAAAUGUCUCACCCAGUACCAUCUGAAAAGCCUGCAAACUCCGAAAACCCUCGUGUCUUCUUUGAUGUAGACAUUGGCGGAGAAAGAGCUGGCCGACUUGUUCUGGAGCUUUUUGCUGAUAUCGUCCCCAAAACUGCUGAAAACUUCCGGGCGCUCUGCACUGGAGAGAAAGGCAUCGGCAAAUCAACCGGGAAGCCUCUGCACUUCAAAGGAUGCCCCUUCCACAGAAUCAUCAAGAAAUUCAUGAUCCAAGGAGGUGACUUCUCCAACCAGAAUGGCACCGGGGGAGAGAGCAUCUACGGAGAGAAGUUUGAGGAUGAAAACUUCCACUACAUUCAUGACAAACCGGGUCUGCUCAGCAUGGCCAACUCCGGGCCGGACACCAACGGCUCUCAGUUCUUCAUCACCACCGUGGCCACUCCUCACUUAGAUGGGAAGCAUGUCGUCUUCGGACAGGUGCUAAAAGGGAUGGGAAUAGUCAAACUGCUGGAGUCCCUCGACACCACGGAGGACGCCCCUGAAAAGCCGUGCGUGAUUGGAGACUGCGGCGAGCAUAAGGAGGGGGACAGCUGGGGCGCGGAGUCAAGCGACGGAUCAGGAGACACCCACCCUGAAUUCCCAGAGGACUCCGACGUUGACUUUAAAGAUGUGGACAAAGUUCUGUUACUGGCUGAGGACGUUAAAAAUAUUGGAAACAACCUUUUCAAGAGUCAAGACUGGAAAGGUGCAAUCAACAAGUAUAGCAAAGCUCUCAGGUACAUGGAGGUGAGUGGAGAUCUGCUGGAGGCAGGGGUGCAGAAGAAGCUGCAGCCCACCGCCCUCAGCUGCUUCCUCAACACCGCCGCCUGCUAUCUGAAGAUGGAGCAGUGGCAGGAUGCUCAGGACAGCUGCAACGAGGCUCUCGGGCUGGACCAGGCGAGCACUAAGGCACUUUUCCGGAGGGCCCAGGCCUGGCAGGGGUUGAAGGAGAACAGCCAAGCCAUGAUUGAUCUGAAGAAAGCGCACGCAGUAGCUCCAGAAGACAAAGCUAUCAGCAAAGAGUUGAAGAGAGUUCAGCUGAUAAUCCAGCUGGAGAAGGAGAAGGAGAAGAAAAUCUAUGCCAAAAUGUUUGCGUAAAUACCUCGCCUAAUGCAAUGAAUUCUGUCUUUAGCAACGUUUAUCGAUAUUUGAAUUCAUGUGUGCGUGGGGAGCUGCACUCAGUCUGUCAGGAGGUGAAGUGUUUUCAGUUUGCAGGUCUGUUCAUGUUUUCAAGCUGCCACAUCUCAGCGUCUGUGUUGUUUUAAGGGAAUAACUGUUGUAAGCUUCGACCUGUCUUAAUACUGACACGUGUCCUCACUGUAAUGAAUAGUUUGAGCGUUAGUCUGAUGCAUGGCUGACUCCACUGCUCUGAAAAAGUGGGUUAACAUUUAUCACCAGCCCUUGUUCCAGGGGUUUGAAGUAGUUCAGCAAAGCAUUUACUGUAUAUGUUGUUUCGUUUCACGCUAAGGAUUUUUGAUACAGUGCCCUUAGCCACACAACCUACAUCAACCUGUCUUUAUUUAUGUUUUUUACAGAGAAUAAAACAAAAAGGACAACAAUCAAGUUCUUUAUUCGUUAGUGUGAUAUCAUCGAAUGAUUUUAUGUACAAUAUUGAGCAGAUCAAAUGCUGUCCAAAUAUUCCUGGAAUAAAUGCUGAAUAAACCUGAAUUUGA